AUGCCCGUCCGACCCUCUCUCGAAGGGUCAACCUUCGAUGCAGACCUGCGAGACCGACAUCUGAUUUAUGAUUAUGCGGCACAAGACGAACGUGGAAACCCAGAAAAGUGGCGAUAUGAAAUGUGGUUCCAGAAUGAGGACCGCAUCAACUAUGCCAUCCACGGCGGGCCAAUGGCGGGCCGCAUCAACUUCCAGAGAGCGGAGUAUCAAUGCAUUCGUCCCGGGGAAUUAUGGCAAUGCAACUGGUUGGAGGAGACGGGGACCAUGUGCUCUCUGGUAUAUGACAUCCCAAACAAACGUAUAACGACCAUGCUUGGAUUCUCCAAGGGUCAUUGGGAGAAGGCACAGGAUGCACAUGGCGAUAAAAGGAAUCUAGAGGACUUUGCCAGAUGGCGUGGACUGGCACGGAUCGGUAUCCAAACAGAUCGUGUGAUGUUGAGCGAGCAAGCGGAUAUUCUGGAGGAUUUCCGUGGCCCGGGAGAUCUGAAACCUGCAGACAACAGUUGGCCCACAUUGUGA